AUGACAAUGAGCCGUAGGAACUACCUGAAGAGCUUGAUGCUCCAGAUCGCUGCCGGCUUGCUCGAGGCUGAGGCGGUCGAGGCUGAGGCAGAGAAGGCCAGCUACAUGAAGGAGAACUGCCCUGCCCCAGAACUCUUGGUAUCCAUGGCAGAGCUCACGGACUUGUGCAAGAAGCUCCAUCAGAAGAUCGAGAGGGUUGAUGAGGAGAGAUACGACAUGUCAACCAAGGUGACCAAGUCCGAGAAGGAGGUUGAGGACUUGAAGAUGAAGGUAGUUGAACUGAAUGGAAAGUUCAGGAAGCCCGUCCUGAAGAAAGUCCGCAUGUCUGCUGAUGCUAUGCUCCAGGCUCUGCUGGGCUCCAAACACAAGGUGUCCAUGGAUCUGAGGUCCAACCUGAAGCAAGUCAAGAAAGAGGUCAAGGAAGAGGACAAAGAUGCUGUGGGAGACUGGCGUAAGAACAUCGAAGACAAAUCAGACAGAAAGAAGAUGUUUGAGACUCAUAAGGAGUAGAUGUUCCUGGAGUUCCAGACAGGAAGAUGUUUGAGACUCAUAAGGAGUAGAUGUUCCUGGAGUUCCAGACAGGAAGAUGUUUGAGACUCAUAAGGAGUAGA